ACCUUUUCAUAACAUACAAAAAGGACCCAAAAUGGCCUCAACUCAACCCAAUAAUUUUUACUUUCCUCCCUUCACACCCCCACCACCUUCCCACCCUUCUAACCCUCCACCACCACCUUCACACCCCUUCAACCCUCCACCACCCCCUCAUCCAUUUACUCCUCCUCCUCCAACGCCAAAUGUACCACCACCACCACCACUACCUCCACCUCGUCCAUUUUCUCCUCCGCCUCCACACGUGCGCCCACCACCUCCACCCCGCCCCAUUCGUCCCCCUCCACCCCCACACGUGCGUCCACCCCCUGCCCCUCUUCCUCCUCCACCCUCUCCAAACCCUACAAUCAUAAUAGUUGUGGUUGUCUCAAUGGGUGGCCUCUUGUUGCUUUCAAUGCUCGCCUUUGCUCUAUUCUGUUGCAUUCAGAAGAGGAAGAAGAAGACACAAGAAACCGAGGUGAUUCACUUCGAUGAGCACAAAACGGUAAAGGAAACCAUUGUGCCUGGUCCUUUUGGACAGAAAACAGUAGUGGUAACUGUUGAAGAUGAUGUGCACAUCGAUGAAGAGAUUAGGAAGAAUGAGAAUGUUGAUCAUCAUCAUGGUGUGCAUGAGAAACCAUCAUCAGCUGAACCAGAUCAAGGCACUUCUAGCAGCCUUGUUGAGGUGGCAACCACUUCUCCUGAACAUGAUGAACAUCAUCAUGAGCAUCAUCACCAACCUGAAAACAAGCCCUGAUAUCGAAACAAUUUAAAAGGAUAUGUUCCCACAGAGAAUUGCAUAUUCUUGUCCAAAGACUCCCACCAAGGAUCUUAUAA